AUGUCCAGCUCGUCAAGCUCUAACAUCACCAUCCUCAAUAGGACAGCCUUUCCAUUAAACGUCGCACUGAGCAUACUUGCUCCAUUUCAGCACAUAAACGCACUAGAGCCUGGAGACGUUUGGACGACCGAAUCACCUUCAUUUCUACCACUGCCUUCGAACGAUAACUUUCCGCGACGGGCGGUCAAAGCUUUAAGCCCGCUUCUCCUCUCGCGUUCUAAAUGGCUGAAACGACUACCGAUCAAACCCAAGGUGUCAAUCGACAUCAGAUUUGAUCAUGAACAUAACCGAUACUCAGAGGAGGAAGCGUAUCAUCUCUGGACAUCGUUUUCGGCGCGUUGGCUUGGACUGAUUGCUCUGUCCGGCGCAUUCGUUACCAUCGUUAGCUCCCAAGUAAUUGGCAUCGUUUCACCGAGCUCAAGCAGACGGAUACCUGCCAGUUGUUUAGCACUCGGUGUAUUCGGUGUACUCUGCUUGAUAGUCUCAUUCUAUGGUGUGUACAAUCUUACAGAGUUCCUUCUUACUUUUACACGUCUACUACAGAACGUCGGGAAGCAUGCAAAGAUAAAGACCCAGCUCUCACGGAGGGUCGAGUAUUAUCAGCAACAGUCCCUGCGCACACUCUCUACCGUUCAGCACCUCCCCCAUCACCCUCCCCCCGUGGCCACACAAACCUUGCCGUACUGUGGAUACGUGGCCGCUUCGCCCUCUGGGAUCUAG